AUGGAAUAUUAAUAUUCAGGAAGUUGUCAUUGCUAAAAAGUGCAAUUUCAAUUUUCAGGACCUCUUGAGAUGGAAGUAAUCAGAUGUCAUUGUUCAAUUUGCAAAAUGAAGUAAAAUCAUCAUGUGUUGAUUCUUGAUUCCAAAUUUAAGUUGCUUACAAGUAUGGAAGAACUUAGUCUAUAUACAUUCAAUACCAAACAAGUAUCAGUUACUCAAUUCUAUAAUAUAAGGCAAAACAUUACUUUUGUAAAACUUGUGGAGUGCAAUCCUUUUUUUAUCCAAGAUUUAAUCCUAAUAUGAUUGCUGUUACUAUUUAUUGUGUGUAAUUACCACCUAAUGUUAAAUUGACAUAUGUGACUUAAGGACUUGAAUAAUCAAUUAAAGAAACAAUUAAACAAUGA